CGCUAAAACACAACAAAACCUUCAAGAACAUAUCAAUUUAUUAUUUAUCUACAGAAAAUGGAUCUUGAUUUAUUACAAGAUCUGCCCAUGUUGAGUUUCCCAUCACCCAUCAAGAUCCGAUCCAACAACAGAGAUGAUGACGGCGGCGGCGGCGGCGGCUGCUGCACCACUCCCACUUCCUCCGGCCACAAGAUUCCUCCCUCCACCGCCACUACUCCUCCUCCUCCGCCUCAAAAACGCCGUGCACCUCCCUCGUCUCUCGUCUACAGAUCUUGCAAGAGGAAGCUUUUGACGGCAUCAAAGUUUGAGAUCAUCGUCAACAAAGAUGAGAUAGAUCGCUUCUUCUCCUCUGUUUACAACCAGACGAUGACGUCAUCCCCCACCAGCACCACUACCACCACGACGUCGACCCUCGCGGUUGCUAGGCGACGGAGAAGCUUCCGUUCUUGUUCCAGAAGAUGAUCAAUAAUUGAGAUUAACCACAAACAUGCUAAAAGGUUCCUUCAUCUCGGUAGCUUUUUUCUAUUUUAUUUAUUUUAUGUAAUGAUUCUCAACUUUAAUUUACACGUCGAUCCACUCUAUAAAUAUACAUGUGCCAUCCAUCGGUGGAAUCUUUUGUUUGUUACUAAUUUCAUUUAGUUAUGAAAAUUUUCAAUAAUAUAUUUUGUUUGUAAACGGAAGAUCACUCACACGGUAUAUAAAUUUCCACUGAGACAUAAUUUUUCUUUGAUGAACAUCAACUUUCAUUAAUUAAACGAUGAAUACAA